CUUCUCUACCUAGUGCGAUUUGCCUAUAUAAAGGGCUCCAUUUCUUGAGGGAAAUACCAUUAGGGUUUUCUUUUCUAUCUAUAUCCAUUCCAAGUUUACUUUCUUUCUUCUCAUCAAACCAUUUUCUUUUCUUGGGUCAAUUUUGAUUAGUAUGGCCUCUACGGUGUCCGAAAAUUGGGAGUACAUGGACAGUACCCAUGACUGCUUCGAGAACUUGGAGCUGUCACAGAUCAACCACAGUCUUCUCAUGUCACUGCUUGACGAAACGCAGGUUGAUGACUGCGACGAUGAGAGGUUAACGAAGGUGAUCCGAUCCCUCGAGGCAGAAAUUGAUUCCAAUGGCCAUGACUAUGCGUAUGAUCAUAAUUAUACUACGUGGGAGAACGAUCUUGUGGACUGUCAGUCGUCGAAUGAUGAAUCCAACGAUCUAGAUCGCUCGUUGCAGCAGGACGAUCUUGAUCUUCAUUGGAUGGAUAUGGAGACUACCAUCCCUAGUUCACCUAGUGGUGGCAUGGGGGGGUGGUACAUGGACCACCAUGGACUAGGAAUGGUGGGUGGUAUGAGUCAUGAAUUUGGCGGGACCAAGAAUUACUCUCAUAUUUGUUAUGGAAGCCCUCUUGAAGAGCAAGAUUAUGGUUCACUAUGGCAUGAGACAAAUGCAAGUGUGAUUGAAUAGUGAAGAAGCUAAUUAGGAGAUGUAUAUUAAUGAUUCGGAAUAAAUUAUAUAUGAUUAAUUAGUCAAAUAAUUCAUAAA